CCUCAAUCGUGCUCAAGGAAGGUCACAUCAACAAUCUCCACAAACAGACAUUGCUCUCCACGAACUCCGUUCAAUAACUCGAUUUAUCUGCAAGCGUUCGCCCCGUCUCCUAACCCUCACGACCACCUACUCGCCAUGGCCGUUGCCACCAAGGCGCCCGUCAAGCUCGCCGGCGGCGGGCUCAAGACGUAUUAUCAGAACAAGAUUGAGGCCACCCAGCAUGAGAUCACAAAGAAGACUCAGAACCUGAGACGACUGGAGGCGCAGCGCAACACGCUCAACACGCGAGUGCGCCUGCUGCGCGAGGAGCUGCAGGUGCUCCAGGAGCCCGGGAGUUACGUUGGCGAGGUCAUAAAGGUUAUGGGCAAGAAGAAGGUGCUCGUCAAGAUCCCGCCCGAGGGUAAAUACAUCGUGGACUUCUCGGCCGACAUUCCGGUCUCAUCCCUCACACCCAACCUGCGCGUCGCGCUGCGCGCCGAUUCGUACUUGCUCCACUCGAUCCUGCCAAACAAGGUGGACCCGCUGGUCUCGCUCAUGAUGGUCGAGAAGGUGCCCGACUCGACCUACGAGAUGGUCGGUGGUCUUGACAAGCAGAUCAAGGAGAUUAAGGAGGUUAUCGAACUGCCCGUCAAGCACCCGGAGUUGUUUGAGUCGCUUGGUAUUGCUCAGCCCAAGGGCGUCCUGUUGUACGGGCCGCCCGGUACCGGCAAGACGCUUUUGGCGCGUGCCGUCGCUCACCACACCGACUGCCGCUUCAUUCGUGUCUCGGGUUCCGAGCUCGUUCAGAAGUACAUUGGAGAGGGCUCGCGCAUGGUGCGUGAGCUGUUCGUCAUGGCGCGCGAGCACGCCCCUUCCAUCAUCUUCAUGGACGAGAUCGACUCGAUUGGUUCUUCGCGAGGCGGGGAGGGCGGCGGUGGUGGUGACUCGGAGGUGCAGCGCACAAUGAUGGAGCUUCUCAACCAGCUGGAUGGCUUCGAGCCCACCAAGAACAUCAAGGUGAUUAUGGCGACAAACCGUAUCGACAUUCUCGACUCGGCACUGUUGCGACCAGGACGCAUCGACCGCAAGAUUGAGUUCCCUCCACCCAACCCCGAGGCACGCAUUACUAUUCUCAAGAUCCACUCGCGCAAGAUGUCGUUGCAGCGUGGAAUUAACUUCCGCUCCCUUGCCGAGAAGAUGGGCAACUGUUCGGGUGCCGAAGUGCGUGGUAUUUGCACUGAGGCGGGCAUGUACGCACUCCGAGAACGCCGACAGUACGUUGGGCAGGAGGACUUUGAGAUGGCUGUCGCCAAGGUGCUCAAGCGCGGCGCCGAGACCAACACGAGUGUUGGCAAGCUGUUCAGCUGAGCGUAUGUAGACGUAUUGGGGAGCAUUCAUGUAUUGCAUGUGGAGAGCGGGCGGAAG